AUGAGUAAAUCGAGCAAAAAGUCGAAGCCGAAGUACACACUGGACAAUAUUCAUCAAAUUCCAGGUUUAAUCGCUUACAUGGUGUGCAAAGGAAAUACAAUUGUUCAUAGCACGUUUCCUGAGACGGAUAAUCAUCGUCAAAUUGCCUAUAAUGCAAUGCGAAUGGCUACUCGAACGCAAGGAACCGAGCUCCGUGAUUUGAAAGUGCACACAAUUCAAGUUCAAUACGACGAUUUCCAAGUUGAACUCUUUCAAAUCGGUGGAUGUUUUUGUAUCGUCAAAAAACGUGUAGAUUCCGAAUAA